CGCUCGUGCGUACGAGACGACAUGUAUCCUACGUAACUCGCAAGGAGCUAGCAAAUGGCAGAAAGCAGGUAUAGCCACUCCAAAGCAGAUGAGCUGUAAGCGGCCAUGGGCUUGCGGCACCGUUCAUCGUCGUUAUGCAUCGAUCACUUCUCUGGUUUGAUGAAGUAAAGCUAUGUCUCCUCCAUUGGGAACGCAAAUACCUGAGAAUGGUACGCUUGAUAUGGUCGUGGACAAGCAACGCCUACAGCAAAUUGAAUGCUACCUGUAUCCCAGCAGUCUCCUGGACGGCACGCCGUACUCGGAUACCCUCCAAGAUUCACCGUCUCGUCAAUCUUCGCUUGACGUUCGAGAAUAGCUGACCUAUUGCAUUUGCUUUUGACUACGCAGGUACCAUUCUAAGCUGAAGCGUGGCCCACAGACUGCGAGAGACGAG